AAAACCACGAGGGAAAGUCGCAGAUGUGAGCAGGCGGUCGCGGUGUGUGUGCGCCCCGCGCGUCUGUGCUUUCUUUCCCGCGUUCAUGUGGCAACGUGGGAGUUAGCGCUCCUCGAAUCGUUCACGUCGUACGCGUUGUCUGUGGUCCGGCAUCGCCAUGGCAGUACAUCUGUUGAUAGACCCGGACAGAGAUGUGAGUCUUGCCGCUGAAUGCCUCGUGGAGAUGUCCAAGUCCAACGCUCGACCUCGCGACCCGUACCCGUACUCCGACUCCGAUCGGCGCAGCCCGGCGUCUCUGAGCACGACGGACGGCAGUGACUGCGUGCCUGACGAGCAGGAAUCUCAUCUCAAGGACACGUCGGUGUACAUGAUCGCCCGGAUACUAGCGGACUUGACGCGGGUACCUCAAGAGCCGGUUGGUUCGGCGGCCGCGAGGCCCGUAAGUAGCGUUAGGCCUAAGGUGCGCGCCGCCUCGAACAAAGCGAUCGUGGCGGCGUCGUCGGCCACACCCGGCGUCCGCGGACCCUCUUCUGCUCUCAAGAAAGUCCACAUCUGCAGCUACGCAGGCUGCGACAAAGUCUACGGCAAGAGCUCUCACCUCAAGGCGCAUCUACGCACGCAUACAGGGGAGCGUCCAUUCCCGUGCACAUGGCCCGACUGCGGCAAGCGGUUCGCGCGCUCCGACGAGCUGGCGCGUCACCACCGGACGCACACGGGCGAGAAGAAGUUCGCCUGCCCGCUGUGCGGCAAGCGCUUCAUGCGCUCCGACCACUUGACCAAGCACGCUCGUCGGCACCCGGACUUCCGGCCGACCAUGCUGGGGUCUAGCCGCCGUGGCGGCGGCGGCAGCUGCCACAAGCCGACCAACGCCACAACCGCCGACUCCCUGGGAGACAGCUCCGACCACUCGCUGCCCUCGUCUCCCUAGGAUGGGAGCCUAUCACGUGCCACCGUGCUUGCCCCGAAGAAAGAGACAGUGCAACCAUCCACGCUCUUGCUGUCACUUAGGCAGAAGGAAGAAAGAAGAAAAAAAGAGAGAAAAGAGGAGAAAGCGCAGAUUCUGGUGUGCAGUGUGGACAUGACUGGCACACUUAUUGUGUGGUAUAGCUCACCACGGUGUUUCCUCAGCAUCUUACUUUGUUGCUUCUAUUUGUUCCUCAGCUGCUGCCACUACUGCUGCUGUUUUUCAUGAUUUUUAUGGAUGCCGUAGCCCUGCCCAUCCUCUUUGCUUCGAUGAAAUUGGCCUUCAGUGUGUUGCUUGAAUGGAUGCUAGUUUGACACCUGCCAUAUUUCAAUUAGUCAAGCCGAAAGAAAGAAAUGGCUGUGAAGUUGAAGAUGAGAACUUCAAUUGGACUGCCACCGCCCCGCACCUACUCCCCUUCACAACUUAAUGUCUUGUGAAAGGGCCUGUGUGGCGUGGCGAGGGGUAAGGUGAAAAAAAUUCCUGUCAGAUGUUUUUAUUAUUUUUAUUUAUUCAUUUUUAUGCUGUUCUCUGGGCAACACAUUGGGCCAUUGAUAGUUCGAAAACCUGUGACCUUUCAAUGUGGGCAGGGACUCUCUCACUCAUUUUUUUCUGCACUAUUUUCACUGCGGUGCGCAUGGUUUUUAUGUACGUAGGGGGAUGCUUGUGGGGCAGGUCAGGGCCAUGUUCAUUGCUGCUUAUUUACGUCUUGGGACAGUUUUUCUUGGGUAGCAAGGCUGAAUCCAGAGUGUCUUCUGAAAGGACAUUUGCUAACUCUUCAUUGAUGUCAUGGCCCAGCACAGGGUGCCCCUGUAUGCAUGUACAAUCUUGUUUCAUGACAAUUGUGGACCUUCGUUUGUUAAUCGCUGUCUACUGCACAACCUGGAUGGUGGUACAUGUGUGAACUCUUGUGAAGAACGUGGUGUGUGUAGGGGGGGGAACAAUGUUAAUAGUUUGUGUGCGUGUGCGUGUGUGUGCGUGCUUGUCAGUGUGCAUAAUUGUGUCCCAAAAAUGUACAGUUUGGAACUGUGCUCACCAAUUGGCGCUACCUUCUGUUCAUGUAAAUGCAGCUACAAUGUUCAAGUCAUUAUGUGCACAAUGACAAUCUGAAGUGCACUGGGUGUUAGUCAUCAAGUGGCAUCCUUUCUAAAUCCAUUUUUGGGCUUUUAUCGGCUUCUCAUAGGAAGUUUCAAAAUAUCUUCAGUGCUCUUGGAUACCCUGCGACAAACUUCGAAGUGGCAGCCACUGAUCUCUCAUGUAUGUAGAGCUUAGGCUAACAAGUGUUCUUAUCGUUUCUUUGUACCCAGGGUUUGGCAUGCAAUGUGAUGAGUGCUCCACAUUUGUUUGUAAAACUGUUAUCAGCUUUAGUUUGUGUGAAUGCUUUGUUUCCGUGUUGCAAAAGCACUAUGGCUGUGAUUCAUAAUGCACUUUUGUUUUUGUAGGGUGUGUAUAGUUUGCUGCAUUUUCUCUGCAAUUGUAAUAAUAUGGCUGGCCAUAUUGAGUCAGAUUUAGUUGCACCUUAUCUGUCAUAGCUAUUUUUUUUUUUUGCUACAUACCUCUUAUAGGUAUGGCCUAACCCUUCUCUCUUUUUUUUUCUUUUUUGCUUCUGUAUGUGCAUGUGUGCAGGAUAAAGCUGAAGUGUUUUACUUUCUUUUUUCUCAAUCAGGUCAGGCUAUUAUGUGCAUCCCCAAACUGUCUCCAGUUUUCUUGGGGUCUCACAUCUUGAAACCAGUUUAGUUUUAUCAGCUUAUGGAUACAUAGCUCCAUCGGAACACUUACAGCAUCAACUUUGUAAUUUAGCUACAACAAUGCAUUACAAUGAUUCCUCAGACAUUUUGAACAUAUUCCAUCAUGCCACUUCAUGGUUGUCACUUGCUCUUGUUCCAACACUGUUACUGUGCUUGGAGAAUGCUCGAGGAGGAUGCCACGAAACACAUUCGCAGUGUGUGGGUCCUGGGCGUGUCAUGCAUGCUCAAGUGCACUUGGCAGUGGUGCCAUAGUCCCACCAACUCUACAUCUUUGUUUGUAGCAUCUGGAUUUUUCCAUCCCUGCUCGCAUCAUAUCAUUCCGAGGACAUAUACUCAAUUUGUGAAGAGGCAGGUUAGCAGGCACUUUUCUUUUAUAUAACGUAUUACACUGUUCCUUUUUCUUCAUUAGAGCUGGACUCUUUUCUGUUUCUGCUUUUGACUUGCACAGAUCAUGACUGCUUAGAGCCUGUGUUACCAUCUUGUGCAAUGUUCUGCAAAUGUUCCCAGGACGGCUCAGCUGCUCCUGUGUUCCUCACGUGCCCGUCGCAAACAUAUUGCUGUGGCUGGAAUUUGUUUUCCCACCACAUCCCCUUUUCCUCCUCUCCCCAACUGUCACAUCAAGUGUGUGCCACUGGCCUUGUGUUGCAGAGGUCUUGCGUCGCUGUGCAUAUUGGGGGCCAGGCUGUAUAGAUCAUUUUGUGUCGUGGGCGCAUUGUGCACUGCACCACAGUAUUUGUUGGCACAUUUUCUUGGAAGUGGUGGGUUUGGAACUUGGAGGAGGAGAGUCCAGGUGAGCCUGAGAAUGUGUGGCACAUCUCUUGCUCGCCAUUUGCAGUCAUUAUUGUGAGUGCUCUGGAUGCCUUUCUACAUUUUUGUAAAGGGUGCAAGCUCUGGGUUGUCUGCAGAGUUUUCUUUGUGUGGCCGGAGAAUAGUUUGAGUAAGAGUCAGAGUGUAUCCUGCUGGUUAAUUUUUUUUCUUUUCUUUUCUUUUUUUUUUUUUUUUGUUCAAUGUAAUACAGAUGUCACUUAUUAGUGCCCAACACCAUAUGUGGGCCUGCCACUCGUACCCUGUAUAUUUGUUCUUUUGCUCUUUCUAAUCGGCUAAACCUGUGCCUCUGCUACUCGUAGUGCGUCUUUGUGGAGUAGUGCCGCUAUAGGGCUUGUGGGAAAUGUGGAGGUGAAUGGCAUUGGCACACGUUGCCGAUUUCUACGGGUUUGCAAACGAUCUUUUGGAACUGAAUUUAUUGCAAAUUUCGGAAGGAUGGCAUUGCAUCAAGUCUGGCAGUUUCCUAAGUGCUUGCAGAUGACAAAUUGAGACUGUGCAAUUUUCAAAUAAUUUUCUAAUUGUACCGGCUGUAAAGGAGAUGUGAAUUCCACCCAAUGCAAGUUUACGUUGUAAAGAAACUAUUCAGGGAAAAAUCGAAAUUUCAAAGAGCAGCUAUUAGUUAGAUUAGCUGUGAAAAACAUUUUUAAUAUUCAUGCGCCCCUAUUGAUUUCUUUCUUAGUACCCUUGUGGUAUGUGGCUGCCAAGUGCCAUGGCAUGCUGCAAACUAGCUCACAGUUGGCUUCCAUCCCAGUGAGCUUUAAUGCUCUCUGCUAGCGAGUGGCACCUAUUAACUUAUUCAUCCAUAUUUAAGCACAGUAGUUAUAGUUUAUCUUGUAGGUUUUUCACAUAAAGUAACAGAAAAAUGUCUUGUCCAUAUAUUUUUUAUCACUAUCAAAAACACCACUGUACAAAAACCUCGGCUUGCCACGAAGCCACCAGGAUUGCUUUCGUAUGUCUCCGUGGCAGUUCUGUGGGGCUAAUACUCUUGCAUAGCCAAUGCGUUCCUUUGUUUUUGUUGUAAUGUUUAACAAGUCAGCACCGUGGUGUUGUGUUUGUUGGCCAGUUUUCUUGCUUUGAAUUCGUUUAUUUUUUUAAUGCUAAUAUUUUUUUAAAGCUUGCCUACUCCCCUCCCCCCCCCCUUUUUUUUUUGUUCAAUGCCACAGUCAGGCAUGAUUUAUUGUCUUAAAUAAGUACCAUCUCGCAGCUUUUAAUAGCUGUUUUUUCAUACUAGUUUUAUUAGCAGACUUGUCAUUAUUUGUUGCAUAGCAUUUCAGUGCUGUAAAUAUUGUACCAUAAGCGUGUUGUUUAUAUAUGCCAAAUGUCCUCUGUGGAUUUGCGAAGCCUUUCUUUGUGCCGCCAUCUGGUCUGUUCUUCGCCUUGUGGCGAAUGCUUCCCUUGGCGUUUUUGUCCCUCCCUUGCAAUCAUAAAAGUGCAAACGGGAAGAAAGUUGGGGGACCUUUUGAUGUCAUUGGCAAUCCAGUACUUACAAGAGUUGUAUUUGUACAUAGAAUUUCAUUGGCCUCCAUGGUCUACAGAAUCUAAAACUUAACUUGAGAGUCCUUGAGGGUGCAUUAUUUAUACACUGAAAUAAAACUUGUUAGACAAAGUG